UGGGCUUGUCGUAAAUCCCCAGACUUUAAAUGUGCGACCUGGCGAGAAACGGGGGUUUCCUACGCAACUAACAUUGUUUUCACACUUUUUUUUUUACUUGGCGAGUGCAUUCUGACGCUGUGCAGUGGCACGGUUUAUUUAUAAAGCCGAGUUUAAAAAAAAAAAAACGAAACAAAACGCAACACUUCACUUUGAUCGUAAGUUCAACUUCAGGUAAAUUUAAGAAAGUGAAACGUAAAAGAAACCGACAAAAAUACAUUAAAGCAAUCAGAAUGCAACGGUUUACUCGUAAAGUAAACUUCGUGAGUGCAACGUCUAGGAAAUGUAUUUGACGUAAACAUAUAGUUUCCAUGCAAACGUCUCUAAAUCAUUUUCAAGCGCAAACACGCUUCAUCAUUCAAACUAAGUAGCGCCGUCUGCUGUUCAGCACUGAGAGGACAGUGGUCUUUCUCAAAGAUCUGACCAACUUUGUCGUCAUGGAAACCUCAAAGCAGCUUCUGGGGCCCCUCUGUGUCGAAGUUGGUGAGGCUGGACGCGUAUUGUUGAGAAAACCAGCCUGCGCCGGACUCGAGUGCAAGAAAACCAAAGCAUGAAGGUUGAGCUUUAGAGUUACAGUACAUCGCAAUGUUCACGUUGUCCGAGCUGUGGUCCGGCGGUGAGCGUCAGGGUAGUUAUAAGUUGCUGAAGCCGUGGUGGGAGGUCUUCAUGGACUACCUUCUGGUGCUCAUGCUGAUGGUGUCCAUCCUUGCCGGGACGCUCCAGCUGUCACGGGACGGAGUCGUGUGCGUCCCAGUGCACUCUUCUUCCAUCAACUACAGCUCUCCCAUGGAGCCUGUGUCUGAUUCAAUUUUUAAUAGCAACCCAGAGUCACCCAAGAUUUCUGUGAAGGGGCGACGUACCAACCUUGACUUCCAGCAGUACAUCUACAUCAGCCAGGUUUGCUAUCACGAGGCAUUGCCCUGGUACUCACGGUUUUUGCCAUAUGUGACCCUGCUCCAUACGUUAGUUCUCCUGGCCAGUGGUUGCUUCUGGUUCCACUUCCCGCUCACGUCUGCUCGCGUCGAGCACUUCCUAUCACUUCUCGCCAAAUGUUGCGAAUCGCCCUGGACAACAAGGGCCCUCUCUCUUACAGCCAGACUGGACACACGCUUCUCUGAGACAGAACAAGUUGUGCAACCCAAAGUUCAGGUAACAACUUCGUACAAAACACGAAAGUCAAGUCUGGAUUCGGGGACGGACAGCCCCCUAUUGGCGGGGACUGAUAGUGUGUCCACUACAACGCAACCAUCUCCGUGUCCCUCGACGUUGUCCCAUUGCUCAACGCAUUCUGCUAUGUCACUCAUAGAGCCGGUUCUGCCUGUCCAAGUUGUCCCAGACACUUCCAGACAGGGAGCCACGUUAGACCGCAGCGACAGAGAGCAGGCCAGAGCUCUGUUCGAGAGAGUGCGCAGGUUUCGUGCUCACUGCGAGAGUUCAGAUGUUAUCUAUAAGGUGUACACUGCUCAAACGGUGUUCAAGGUUCUGAAGUUUAUUCUGAUUGUUAGCUACACCACUCCUCUCCUGGGCUCAAUCUCUUUUAGUCACAUUUGCCAACCUCGCUCUUCUGCUCUGACCGGCUACAGUGUCUUCCAGUGCAGUCACUCACUGUCCUCUGUCCUACGCAAGCUAAUGCAGGCCUACGUCUUGCUGCUCUUCCUGUUUGGUCUGCUGGCCAUCUAUGCCCUGUCCUGGAUCUUCCACAAGUCUUUGAGGCAGUACUCUUUCCAGAGUCUACGUGAGAAAGGAUCCAUGCUAGAUGUACCUGUACUUCAUAAUGACCUUGCCUUCCUCUUGCACAUGGCCGACCAGUACGACCCUCUACUGGCCCAGCGCCUGUCUGUCUUCCUCUCACCGGUCAGUGAGACUCGACUUCUAGAAGAAAGUCUGGAGCGCCGUUGGGGAGCUGAUCGCUUGCGAUCAAUGAUCACGUUAGAUCAGCAGGGACGCUCUCUGCUGCAGCUCGUGGCCCUUCCUCGUCUCCCAGGGGCCCUGUUCACCUUCAGCCAGCUAGAGGUGUUGAAGUUAGAACUUAUCGGAGAUGCCAAACUGACAGCACAAAUAUCUAACAUGACCGCACUCAGAGAGAUGCACCUUUACCACUGCACUGCAUUAGUGGAGCCGGCUGCACUGCAGCACCUUCAAGAACAUCUGGAGACUUUGCAUCUAACCUUCACCCAAGCUGCAGAGAUCCCAGUUUGGGUUUAUUCCCUUCGAGGCCUGCAAGAGCUGCACCUCACUGGGAGGUUGAGCAAUGAGGGUGGCAUGGGGCGUGGAUGGGGCCUUGGCAGCCUUCGACAACUGCGUCAUCUCCGCAUCUUGGUGCUGCGCGGCAUGCUGCAGAAAGUUCCAGGGGAGCUGAGCGAAUUGGCAGGGAGUCUGCUAAAACUGGAGAUAUAUAACGAGGGCACCAGGUUAAUGGUACUUACAGGACUGAGGCGUUUGACCGGACUGGCUGAAGUGCAACUGCAAGGAUGCCAGUUGGAGAGGCUGCCAUCAGCGCUGCUCGCGCUCACAGGCCUACGCAGUUUGGACAUGCAACACAACAGUCUGCGUACUCUAGAAGAGCUGUUAGGAUUGCAGCAUUUGAGGCGUCUGUCCUGCCUACGACUGGCACAUAACCGCGUUCUGGCUCUUCCGGUCAGCGUAGGAGUGCUGCGCUCACUGGAGCUCUUGGAUUUGGCACACAAUCAGAUGCAAAACCUACCUUUGGCACUCUUUACACUGCAUAAGCUGCGACGCCUGCUUUUGGCAGGAAACCUUUUGGAAGAGCUGCCAGCUGAAAUCGGAGCCUUGAAGCUUCUUAGCGAACUAGACCUAAGUGGCAACAGGCUUGAACGUCUCCCCAAGGAACUGUUUGAAACGUGCAUAGAGCUUCGCAACUUGAAUGUUGCGAAUAACUCUCUAGGGUCUUUGCCCACUGGUUUUGGCGGCCUGCCUCAGCUUUCGCGUCUGGAUGUACGUGGAAACAGCCUAGAGCAACUGCCGGUCGAGCUGGGGUGUUGUUUUGGGCUUCGUGGAGGCGGUUUGCAAGUGGAAACCUGGCUGCUGCACACCCUACCUCGGCAGGUCAGGGAUGUCCUACAGCAGCCCAGCUCUUGCCCGUCUUCUGAACCACCUUCACGACCUAAUUCUGACUGCUUUCCUACCUUUUCAGCAGCUCAGUGGAGCUUCCACUCUGCACUGGAAUCUCGGAUAUAAAACAUCAGCUUCAGACUGAACUUGUGAAGAAUAUCUAACUAAUAUUACUAAAACUAGUCUGGAAAAGCCAGUUAUUUCCCAAGACUUUAAAUGUACCUCAUAAGAAUACACUCAUAAGAUAAAUUAGAAACAUGUUUCUAUAUUUAACCAGGUAACUGUCACUAGCCCAAUUAAGACAUUCUAAACCUCUCAUUUUUGAAAAGCUAACUUUCAUAUUUGGUGACUAAACUUUUCGACUACUUUUUGUGCUUAAAGUUCAAAAACAUAACAUCCAUUAUAAUUUUUUUUCUAAAAAACUUUUAAACCUAAAAACAUACUGACAGAAUCUCCAUUUAUGACAGAAUGCAAACUAUGCAUGUUUGGUUGCUUUCUGCAUGUCCUUUACAGUCCUAAUAUGGAUCGCCGUAUGUUGUUUUGAAGUAUAUUUUUUGUAAAAUUGAUUUUAUUUAAAAAAGUUUUACAUGUAGUGCAGUGGAUCUUAUAUUUUCAUGAACUUUAUCGGUAAAAUUUUUUCCACCUCCACAAUAAUGAGACAAAAUUUAGUCUUUGCUCCAAAAUAUUCUAGACGUACAAUUAAUUAGUAGGUCUUUGUUUAAAAAGUAGGACUGACAGUUAUAAUCCACCAUUAAUAUGAAACGUGAGAUAGUUUUGCACACUCUAUGUGUAAGAUGAGAUGUAUAAUUACACUAACUAAAUAAUAAAAACCAUAACAUAGCAUUUUUUUGGUUUCAUAUACAGUACUGCUCAAACGUUUGGUCUAAAACCUCGAGAUCUAAAGCUUAUGCUGAAAUGGUUGCAUAUACAUGAAUUACUUAACACAAUUAUCUAACUUUGUUUAUUCUGUUACCUAAUCAGUCUAUUUUAUUAAUGUAAUAACUAGACAAAUAGAAAGAAAACUUUAGUUUACAAUAUUCGUUUACCACAACAAAUUAAUCUGAAAUAAUAUCUGAGGUCAUAGUGUAGUUAUGGUAUUUUUCCGCCAUAAUAUUUGAUUUGAUUAUUUUCCUUGAUAUGAAGCAACAUGUCAGUCAUGAUAUUACCCUGAGUUUUAAACCUAAAUCAUACCAAAAUGUAAAUAAACAUU